CUACCGUGUCGUAGAGGAAAGGAAAUGCAUCCGGAGCGUUUCUAACGAAUAUCAAUAAAAUUACGCAUCUCAAAGAUUCGUCAGUUUUCAUGACACUUUUUUUAUGAGACUAGAUAAUGAAUCUCUUUAGUUUUUAUUUGAUAUUAGCUUAUGAAAUAGCGUUUGUUUAUCAGUCAAGUAGCGAACACUGCAACGAAGACAAUUUAAAGAAAUGUCUUAAUACCAUGAAGACAUUAGUAGAUGAACAUUUUUCAUCUAUGAAGAGAAAUGAAAGUGAACUUAAUAUUUACUGUGGGAGAGUUGAAGAAGAUGGCAGAUGCUUAGAGGAUGCUGCUGCUGACUGUAAGAAGGAACAUCCUCUGAUAUCCGCAUCAACUGCUAGUUUGUUGAAUUUUCUUAACAUGAUAUGCCAGCCAGGGACAGAUCAACGCUCGAUGUAUUUGAAAAUACUUCCAUGUUUUGGAAACCACGUAUCACAGUUUAAAAAAUGUGCAUCGCUGGAAGAUCACAAACACAUUGAAGAUGGUGAUUUAGAAAAUUUAUGCAAGGACAUGAAAGGUGCGCUAUGUUUUGCUGAUGUUAGCAGAAAAGUCUGUGGCGAAGAUGGAGAAUUGUUUGCUAAAUCCUUGGAAGAUGGUUUAAAAGAUACAUACAAAGAUGUAUGCAGUGGAGCUUAUGCGAUUGCCUUUAAUGUAUUGUUGAUUGCGUGCUCUGUCAUAUUUGGAUUUUGUUUUUAAAAACCUUAUGCGAUUUACGGAUGUAAAAAAAAAUUUUUUUUUUUACUAUUUGUAUACUGCUUUUUGAAAUUUGUUUUCAAGAUAGAAAAAUUCUGUAACUAAUAUACCAUGAUGCUUUAAGAGUUAAAAAUUUCUCGAUUUCGCACUUUGAUCAGCUUUUAAUGUGACUUUAAGUAUAAUAUAAACAUAAUAAAAUAAUAGAGUUGUACCAAAAAAUAAAAUAAUAAAGUUUUACAUGUAAUGGUAA